GCCGGGGUAGGGAAGGGAUGUGAGCAACAGUGCUGGCUUGGAGCCGGGAGGAUGCGAUGGCCGCUGGCAGAGAAACUGGGGCAGCGACUGUCAGCCAUGGAGACAGCCCCACCGCCCGCCUGCCGGCCGCGUGCCCCUCGCUAGCUUGGGGACAGGAGGGGGGAACCGACGGGAGCCGGGUGACAGCAGACCGCAGGCUCGGGAGCUCCUGCAUCCAUCCGCCCCGUGCACCGGCACCGCUCCGGCUUCCUUUCCCCGUGCGGAGGAUUCGGCUCUGGAUGUAAGGCGACAGUUACCGCACGGUCGAGCGCCGACCGAUUGCUGCGCGCAGGCUUCCUCGAGGUCAGCGUCGUGUAAUAAGAUUUUGGAGCCGUGCUCCGAGCAGUCUCCUGGUUCCUCUCGGCUGCCUGGGUGCGACCAUGCUUCCUCGCUGGGCAAAGCAUCCCUUUGGCGCUUCCCCCAGAGCUGCGCCGAGGCUGCGGGAGCAGGAGAGACCCGCCGAGCCCGGGGACUACAGGCUGACUCCGUUGCUCGUGGAUCCCGAGAGGACGAGCACCCACAUGAUCUCGGCGGACGAUGCCGAGUACCCGCGGGAAUACCGGACCUUGGGCAACGGCACCCGGCGCUUCUCCAACGUAGGGCUGGUGCACACCUCGGAGCGCCGGCACACCGUCAUCGCCGCCCAGAGCCUGGAGGCUCUCACCGGCCUCCAGAAGUCGGAGAUGGAGCGCAAGCGGGACGCCUUCAUGGACCACCUGAAGAACAAGUACCCGCAGCACGCGCUGGCGCUCCGGGGGCAGCAGGAACGCAUGCGGGACCAGCAACCCAACUACUGGAGCUUUAAGACGAGGAGCUCCCGACACUCCCAGGGCUCCCAGCCCGGCUUGGCUGAUCAAGCCAAACUCUCCUUCGCCUCGGCCGAAUCCCUGGAAACCAUGUCGGAAGCGGAGCUGCCCCUGGGGUUCAACAGGAUGAACCGGUUCCGGCAGAGCUUGCCCUUGUCCCGGUCCACCAGCCAGACGAAGCUGCGAUCGCCAGGGGUCCUUUUCCUGCAGUUUGGGGAUGAGACGAGGCGCGUCCACAUCACCCACGAGAUCAGCAGCAUGGACACCCUGCACGCCCUCAUUGUCCACAUGUUCCCCCAGAAGCUCACCAUGGGGAUGCUGAAGUCUCCCAACACCGCCAUCCUCAUCAAGGAUGAGUCGCGCAAUGUCUUCUACGAGCUGGAGGAUGUCCGCGACAUCCAGGACAGAAGUAUCAUUAAAAUCUACCGGAAAGAGCCACUCUACGCCUCGUUCCCAGCCUCGCACAUCACCAACGGCGACCUGAGGAGGGAGAUGGUGUACACCUCCAGGGAGUCGUCUCCCACCCGCCGGCUGAACAACAUGUCCCCAGCUUCCCACCUCACCUCCGGCUCCCCUCCGCCGGUGCUCCAGUCCUCCUCCCCGUCCCGCUCCCGCAUGUCCUACAGCGGGGGCCGCCCGCCCUCCUACGCUGGCAGCCCCGUCCAUCACAGCGAGCGUCUCUCCAACCUGCCGCCUGCCCAGGGGGUCUCGCCCAGCCCCAGCGCCAUCCUGGAGCGCCGGGACGUGAAGCCGGACGAGGACCUGGCCGGGAAGAACGUGGUGCUGGUGAAGAACGAGGGGCUUUACGCCGAUCCCUACGGCAUGGUGCACGAGGGCCGGCUCAGCAUCACCUCCACCCAGUCCCUGGCUGGCAUGGGAGACCCUUUCGGCUACUCGGGGGGGCUGUACAAGCGGGGCUCCGUUCGCUCUCUCAGCACCUACUCGGCGGCCGCCUUGCAGACGGAGCUGGAGGACAGCCUGUACAAGCCCAACGCGCCCAUUUACAGCGACACGUACGGACCCGGCUUGGGUUUCCGCAUGCCCCCCUCCUCCCCACAGAAGAUGGCUGAUGGCCGGCUGGUGGAGCCGGGGCAGAGCCCGCACAGCCCCUACUCGGGACCCCCCAGCCGCUCCUCGCCCGUCCGUCAGUCCUUCCGCAAGGACUCCUGCUCCUCCGUCUUCAUGGAAAGCCCGGUCAACAAACCGCGCAACGCCAGCUCCUCCGGCCCUCCGGAGCUGUUUCCCGGCCCCGGCGAUCGCCCGCUCUCGGGGUUCGGCUCCCCGGGACCAGCCAAGGACACGGAAACGAGGGAGCGGAUGGAGGCGAUGGAGAAGCAGAUCGCCAGCCUGACGGGGCUGGUGCAGAGCGCGCUGCUCCGUGGCUCCGAGGCCGAGACCCCCAGCGAGAAGACGGAAGCCACCAACGGCGGGACCCCCCCGUCAGCGUCGACCAGCCGCAGCGGCAUGGGGACACCGGUGCCUGCGCCCCCGCCGCCCUCCGUCACCAGCACGCCGGCGGGGCAGCCCACUGCCAUCACCCGCUUGCACAUGCAGCUGCACCUCCACGACCUGCAGCAGAACGCCAGCGACCUCCGCAACCAGCUGCAGCAGCUCAAGAAGCUGCAGCUGCAGAACCAGGAGACGGUGAAGACGAUGCUGCGGCGGACGGAGACGGAGAUCAGCGUGCGGGUGACGGACACCAUGCGCAAGCACGAGGACCCCCUGCAGCGCCAGCGCAGCUUGGUGGAAGAGGAGCGGCUCCGCUACCUCAACGAGGAGGAGCUGAUCACCCAGCAGCUCAAUGACCUGGAGAAGUCGGUGGAGAAGAUCCAGAAGGAUUUGGCCCACAACCACCGGCUCAUCCCCGUGCAGGAGCUGGAGGAGAAGGCGGUGGUGCUCAAGCAGCUGGGGGAGACGCUGACAGACCUCAAGGCCCAGUUCCCCAGCCUGCAGAGCAAGAUGCGGGUGGUGCUGCGGGUGGAGGUGGAAGCCGUCAAGUUCCUCAAGGAGGAGCCGAACCGCCUCGAUGGUCUGCUCAAGCGCUGCAAGACGGUGACGGACACGCUCGCCCAGAUCCGCAGGCAAGUGGACGAGGGGGUGUGGACCUCCCCCAGCAACCUCAGCCAGUCCCCCAAGAAGGUGGCCCCCGAGACAGACUUCAGCAAAGGGCUGGAUUUGGAGAUGCCCACCAGCCCCCCAGUGAGCCUCCACCACCUGACGGCCGCCACCGAGACCCUGGGCAUGCCCAGCUUUGGGCACAGCCCCCCCCAGACCCAGACCCACCCCUCCAAGAGCAAUAACCCUUCCCGAGCUCCAGAGAUGGUACCCGCCAAGACCCAGACGGGCCCGGAGACCCCCAGCAAGAAGAGUGCGGACAAAGCCGUAUCCGUGGAGGCUGCCGAGCGGGACUGGGAGGAGAAGCGGGCGGCGCUGACCCAGUACAGCGCCAAGGACAUCAACCGCCUCCUCGAGGAGACGCAAGCCGAGCUGAUGAAGGCCAUCCCCGACCUGGAGUUCGCCGCCAAGCACAAGCAAGCCAUGGGCAGCGGCAGCACCACCUCCACGCCUGAGCACAAACCCUCCAAGCCGCAGCACGCACCCAAGUCGGGGGGCAAGGGGGACCCCAACGGCCGCAGGGGCUCAGACGAACUAACGGUGCCGCGGUACCGGACCGAGAAACCCUCCAAAUCGCCGCCACCACCUCCUCCGCGCCGGAGCUUCCCCUCGUCUCACGGAUUGACCACAACCCGCAGCGGCGAAGUCAUCGUCACCAGCAAGAAGGAGCCCAGUUUUAUGAAGAAGGCCGAGUCGGAGGAGCUGGAGACCCAGAAGCCCCAGGUGAAGCUGAGACGGACGGUGUCGGAGGUGGUCAGGCCGGCAUCCACCCCUCCCAUCAUCGCCUCUGCCAUCAAAGACGACGACGACGAGGACCGCAUCAUUGCGGAGCUGGAGAGCGGUGGCGUGUCCAUCCCGGCCAUGAAGGUGGUGAACCCGGCGUCCCGGCUGAAGCAGAGCCAGCAGGGCAGCCCUGACAAAAGCAAGCACAUAAAGCAGCGGAUGGAGUACAUGCGGAUCCAGGGCCAGCAGCAGUAACGCGUGGGACCGGCUCAUCUCGUGCUCUGUUUGUGGUGGACCUUUUCCAGCUGCUUGACCUCAGGCCUAACUCAAUGCUGCUUCUGAACAAAGUCCUCUUUGGUUCUCGGUUGUUUUGGUUUUUUUUUUUCCCCCCUUUCCUUUUUUUUUUUCUUUCUUUUUUCUUUUUGCCUUUCUUUUGUCUUUUUUUUUAAGAAACUGUUUGACUUUCCUCCCUUUUCUCCUCCUUCUCCUCCUCCUCCUUGAAUCUUGCUUUUCUUUCUAGGCCGCUAGACCAUCUAAAGAGGCUAGUGAGACUUCCCCCGCGGUCUCAGAAAAACCCGCAUCUGGCAGAACAUCCAUCCCCGUAUUGACUUCCUUUGGGGCAAGGAACUCCUCCAUCUCAUUCUGAGCAUCCUUGCCAGCUCCACCCAACCGCUCUCCUGCUCCUGGGGCCGGGCUUCUCUCUUCCUUGGGCUCCUCCUCCCUGGGACUUGUCUUCCUGAGGCACCUGGAGGGAUCGCCACCCGUCCCUCUCUUUCUGGUUUUUUGGUUUGUUUUUUUUUUUUUUUUUCAAUGUCUUGCUCCAAUGUGGCCGACCUCGUGUCUCGCCUCUGCUCCGCCACGGCCCGACUUGUGUCUCGCCUCUGCUCCGCCACGGCCCGACUUCUGUCUCCCAUCUCGCUCCGCAAUGGCCAACCAGCCACUUUCUGUUUCUCUCUUUCUCCUCCCUUUUUCUUUUCUUUUUCCUUUUCCUUUGGGUUGCUGUUGGUUUGGUUUUUUUCUCCCUCCCUCUCCCCACCCUGCCGUUUUCUGUUUAUUUAAGAGCUCUCAGAGCUUCGCUCCACCAGUUUCACCAGCUUCAAGCAAGGAGGACGCCGGGCAGCCCCCGACCCCGCUGCCCACCCGGGUGGCACCCGUCCCACCGCGGAAAGGUGGGAAACAGCGGCUGCCGAAGACGCCCCGUACACCCCCCGACCCCACCGCUCACCCCCCCGCUGCCGCCGAGCAUCCCGGACAGGAUCCCGGAGAGGAUGCUCGGCUCUCCGGCCAGGUCUCGGCGGUGGGUGACGGGCAGCGCCGCGGCCGGGUCGCGUCCUUCGCCGGCCGAGGGGUCGGUGCCGUCCCGAGGGGGGGGUGUCACCGUCACCGGCUGCCCACCAGCCGCCAGCCCCGGCUGUCCCCGGGGACGGGGGGCGGUGGGAGGGCUGGGGAGGAGGGAGCCGGGAGCCGGCACCUCGGGGUGCCCGGAUGUGCCGGACGGGCAGAAGGCUGAGGUUGUAACAUGGGGGGGUGGAAACGGGUCGGGUCGGGCUGCCCGUCUCCCUCCAUUCCUAACGUAGCACUUUAAAGGUCUCCUGGGUGGGCGCGGCGGCCGGGGCGGGGGGAUGCUGUGAUGCUCUGGGGGGGCUCCGACCGCACGGGGACACCCCGCUGGACCUCUGUCCCCUUCCCGAGCGCCAGACGCCCUUGGGGACAAGCAGGCUGGAGGGGUCCCUUGAGCCCCCCCCCCCCCACCGCGGCUGAGGUGCCGGCUGGGGACCCCAUGCCGCAGCUGGUGACCCCGCGGUCCGUCCUUGCCUGGGGGAGCAGCCCCAGCCCCACCAAGCCAGGGGGGGAUCUGGGGCGGGGGGAUCCCCGGGGCGCGCGGCCAGGUGACGGCCGAGCCGGGUGCGCACCGGGUGUGCACAGGGUGUGCGUGUGUGUGUGCAUGCGUGUGCGCUGCGUGCGCCUGUACCCAACGCUGCCGCCAGCGCAGCCGAGAUCGAAUCACUCCUUUCGUUGGCUAGUUCGUCCUUGGGUUGGGUUUUUUUUUUUUUAAUUAUUUUUCUUCUUUUCCCCCCCUCUCUUUUUUUGUAUAUCAAUCAUUUUUGUACAGAAGAACGAGCCUUUUUUGAAUAACAAAGAGAAAAAAAAAAAAUCAAAAAAAAAAAUCAUGAUGCAAUUUCUUUGGAUUGCAAAAAGCAACUCUUUACAUUUAAGUGAAGUGUCUUAACAUUUUAUAUUGUUUUAAAAAAUAUAUUUACAUAUUAUAUAUAUAUAAUAUACGUAAUAUAAAUAUAUAUAUAAAUAUUUAAAAAGAAAAGAAAAGAAAUAAAUCUCUUCACGUCUGGUAUAUUAGGGGGUGGAUUUUCUUCCCUGGUUAGACUACAGCUCCCUGUGAUUUUUGAGAGGGUCGGUUCCUAGCGGCUUCUUAGCCCUCGUGCUGAGUUCGCAUCCUCCGCCCAGCACCUGGCUUGUCCCGGCCCCGUUCCCGUCCCUCGCCGGAGCAGGGGGUAGAAGGGGCCGGGUGCCCCCCCCCCCCCCCCCCCCGGGGACGCUGACGCCCAUGGGUGACGGCCCCGGGGCCGGGACAGCACCCACUUCCCGGCAGCAAUAGCACUCACUUGAUGCGUUUUUAGUUAAUUUUUAAUUAUUUUUCUUGGUACCAAAGUAAAACACUGUAGCAAAGCCGCAGCUUCGUAUGGCCGGGAUGGGGGGGUUGGGGGGUGUCCUCCCCUCUCCCCCAGCCCCGUCCCCCCCCUCCGCAGCUCCCCCCAGACCCACACCUGACCCGGUGCUCCCGUGGGGCUGGACACGCCACCCUCCGUCCCGCCAGCACCCACGGAGGGGACCCGCAGACCCCCCCCCCCCACCCGACCUUGCUGUCUGGGGGGGUCUGACAGGGCCAAGUGCCACCAGCCCCCGGGGACACGGACACGCGGGUGCAAAGGGGUCGGGGGGGGGGCUGUAGUUAGUGCAGCCCCAUCCUGGUGGCACCCAUGGGUGUGCCGGGACACCCAUCCCGCUGGAAGCAAGCUCCGGCUGUCGCUGGUGGUGGUGGGGGGGGGGGGUCCCAUUCCCUUUGCUGCACCCCAGCUUUGUCCUGGGAGCCCCCUCCCGGCAUCGCCGCUGGUGGGUGCCACUGUGGGACCACCCCCCACCUCCAGACCAGGAGGGUGGUGAUGGGCGAUGGGGUGCACAGCGCUGGGCGAGGGGGUGCACGGUGCUGGCUUGCACCCAUUUCUUACCCCCCCCACACCCCCCCACACCCCCCCUCCCCCUACCCCUCAGGCUGGUUUCUCCGUGAGCGUGUGUCUCUGCGUGCGUGUGCGUCCGUCCUUUCAUGGCAUCAUGCAAACUGUCCGUGAGCACCGACCCUGGUGCCUUCACUGAAUCAAGAGGAAAAAAAAAAAACAAAAAAAAACCAAAAAAAACCACCUUAAUUCUGGUUUUAAACCGGGAAAAAAAAAAAAAAGGACAAAAAAAAGGAAAAUGUUGCAAAAACAACCCAAAAAAAAAAAAAAGCGCUGCCUGCAUCGUGCAUGUGUCGGAGGCGCCCGCUGCAUGCGCACCCUGCUUUACUCGUCUGGAUGUUGUUUAAAAAAAGCUACGACUUUUAAAAGGACAAAAAGCAAAAAAAAAAAAAAAACCCACGGAAAAAAAAACUUCCUAAUACUCUUUAGAGGCUGUUUUGGGAUUUCUACAACGUCGUGUGUCUCUUAGCAUGAAUUUUCUUGUGAACUGUUUUAAAAGAAAAAAAUAAUUUAAAAAAAAAAAAAAAAAAGGCCUUGCACAGGGCGGAGGCGGGGGCCGGGGGGGGGCUGGCCCCCCGCCGCCCCCGCCCUGUGCCCGUCGCUGUCCCCGUGUCGCUGUGGAUGCCAUGGGUAGUUCUGUGCGCAACGUGACCAUUGUAACUUGCAAACUCCGAUGACAAAGGGUUGCUUUUUAUUUUUUUUUUUUUCUUUUCCCUUUAUUACUUUUCUUUUCUAUCAGAGUGUCUGGCUUUAAUAAAAUUACUUUUUUUUUUUUC